AUGUUGGCUGUGAAGAUCAUCUGCACUGCGGCUUUAAUACGUCUGGUACAAGGACAAGCAUUCGUAGGAUGUAUAGAUAAUUUACCUAGCGAUACGAGUCAUGUUGAACUUGAAGGAGAUUGUGACAGUACAUGCAAGAAAGCCGGUUAUGAAUAUGCUUUUUGGUCAGUAAUCGACAAAGAAUGUCGAUGUGGUACCACGCCUCCAAAAACAUUCAUGUACAAUAUAGCUCAAAAUGAGUAUGGCUUAUGUCUACCGUAUGACUAUUCUGUAUCAAAAAUCCAUGUCCCAUUCGAAUUUCAUAUAUGUGCCAAAACGAUCGAAAUAUCAUCAACUUCCAAUGUCCAAGCGAGAGAAACAAUAGUAAAUGCCAUGUCGGAAUGUUUCGAUUCGUGUUUAGAGGCAGAAUACGUCGCUAUAGCGCCGCAAUGGGCUAAACCUACGUAUAUUUGUAAAUGCGGUGGAAUGCCCAUCUCGUAUGCUCCUUUGACAUGUGGCGAAGGAACUUAUUAUGGAUUUACAAAUCCUUCUUCAAAGGGAAAGAAACAAGGUGGAAGUGAUCGGAAACAGAAGCACCGACCUCAAAGAAUGGGUAAACAAACAGUACAGGAGGGAGCUAUACAGAACAAGAUCGUAGAUAAGCCCGGUAGAUACGGUGGUGGUUUGUGA